CCAUAGAUAGCAGUACCCAGAUUAUAAAAUUGAAGAGUCUUCAUUAUUUUCCGUUCACUCUUCAAUGGACCUCCCUCCCAUAUAUAACAAACAGUGCUCAGUUUAUAAAAUAGAGCAGUCUCUCAUUAUUUUCCGUUGACUCUUCUAUUCAAAUAUUCCGCUCGAUAAUAAAUGACAAACUAUGGCGCGAUUCCAACGUCGUCUCAUGCAUCACCGUCACCACCGGUGGUCGAUGUCGAGUCUUUAUCGAGCGACAACCAACGUACGAAAGCCGCGCGUGCCAUGCCCCGUCGUCCUUGGGGAGUGAUGUUGGACGUCCACGCCAUAGGGCUUCCUUGCAGCGUCUCCGAUGCUUCAUCAAGAAUCAAAACGAACUGCAAUUACUUUCUGAUGAACUACAGUAUCUUCCUUUCCAUCAUCUACUUGAUAGUCAUCUACAGUGGUCUUAUCAAGCAUCCUGUCUCGCUCAUCGCCUUCACCGUGUUGGUUUCCAUCUAUAUCUUCUUCUUUAACCUCCAGUACCACGAGCCAGUCGAGUUGUUCCAUUAUCAGAUCAACGGUUGGACGUUUCUGAUUGUUAAGAUUUGCUUAAUUUUCUUAGCUGUCCUUCUCCUCUUAUGGACCAAGGAGACGUACAGCUUCCGUUGGCCGUUGUUGAUCGGAUGUGUUGUGAUAUUGAUCCAUACGGUGGUUAGGAAGACGGAAGAUCUCUUCCUGGAUGAAGAGGCUGCGGGGACGACUGAGACUUAUUGGAAUUGGGGUCUCAUACUUGCUCUGUUUCUUCAGAUUUGUUUAGGGUGAGGGAUGAUACGACUUUAGAAGUUUGAAUUGUUACCAUUUGUCAAAACAAUUAGCAGUGUGAUUGAUAAAAUGUAUAAUUUUUUUUUUUUUCACAGAAUGUAUAAAUUAUUAUAU